UAACUCUUCACUAGAGAGCUCCGUAAAUGUGGAUUUCUUGCAAGCAUGGCCGAAGAAGAGACGAUUGUGAAGAAGGAACCUGUUGAAGCGGUUGAUUUGGAAACCAGGAUUUUGGAAUUAUGUAAACAAAACCCUGAUGGAGUAGAUGACAGUGCUAUUCUUGUGGAUAUGCCCCAGUUUGAUGCUAACCAGAGGGUGCAAGCUAUUAACCGGCUCCUCUCCACAGCCAAGAUAGACUUGCUGAAAAGUGGUAACAAGUUGGUUUACAAAUUAAAGGACCCUUCGUCGGCCAGUGUUGUGAAGGGCUCUGAUAACCAGGAGAAAGUUGUUUACCAAAUCAUCAAGGAAGCCGGUAACCGAGGGAUAUGGAUUCGUGACAUUCGCUAUCAAAGUAAUUUAUUACUGACUCAAGUCAACAAAAUAUUAAAGAACUUGGAAAGCAAGAAACUUAUCAAAGCCGUGAAGUCGGUGGCUGCUUCUAAAAAGAAAGUUUAUAUGCUUUAUGAAUUGGAACCGGACCGAUCGGUAACGGGAGGAGCGUGGUACAGCGAUCAAGAUUUUGAAUCGGAAUUCGUCGAAGUACUCAACCAACAGUGCUUUAAAUACCUGAACGAGAAAGCUGCAAAUGCACGCGAAACUCUUUCAACACCGAUCAUGCAGAGAAAUGCAUCGUUCGCUUCUUCGACGGACGUCUGGAAAUAUAUAUCGGAACUUGGUAUAAGUAAAGUGAAGCUUGCUGUUGAGGACAUAGAAACUAUUUUGGAUACUUUAAUUUAUGAUGGUAAGGUGGAACGUUCCAUAGUUGCCGGACCGUGUUCUUCCAGCGGCGCAUCUGGAAGUAUCACAAAACUAUAUCGAGCUAUCAAGCCAUUGAUACAGCCGACCGGAUUAACAAGAAUGCCGUGCGGUACCUGUCCAGUUUUUCACCUUUGUUCAGAGGACGGGGUCAUCUCGCCGACUUCAUGUAUAUACAUGAAAGAAUGGCUUGACUAUUAAAGGUUUUAUUAUUAUAACAUCACACAUUCUAUAUAUAUAUAUAAAAAGAUGUAUAUAUUUUUUAAA